AUGGCUCUGGAUGCAACAAGCGGCUAUGCCGCCGGAGCCCACGACCAUGUGGCGCUCCCCAUCUUCGACGUGCAGAAAGUACAGAUGCGAUUCGACAUCUCGGCCGACUUCGUAGCAGCACAAGUCGCGAACAAUGUCCUUGUGCUCGCGCUGUCCACCGGCCGCAUCCUCCGCUUCGAUCUUGACAACCCCGAAGACAUCGACGAUAUCGACCUGCCCAAGCGACCCGCAGAAAUCGGCGUCAUCCGCAAGCUGUUCCUCGAUCCCUCCGCAUCGCAUCUGCUCAUCUCCACGACCCUGGGCGAGAACUACUACCUGCAUACGCAAUCGCGGCAGCCGAAAGUGUUGGGAAGACUGAAGGGCGUGCAAGUGGAAAGCGUAGCAUGGAACGCAUCGCAGCCUACAGCUUCGACGCGAGAGAUCUUGGUGGGAAGCACUGAUGGGAACGUGUACGAGGCAUACAUCGAACCAGAACACACCUACAGAAGCAUAGAGAAGUACGUGCGGAAUGUCUACAACCCUCCGCACGGACCCAUCGUUGGCCUCUACACAGACCUGGUGUCUACACGGCCUGAAGUCAGGCGGGUCCUGAUCGCUACGCAGCACAAGCUAUACCAUUUUGUUGGCAGGUCAGCGGGACGCGGGAAUGAAUCCUCAAUAUACGCAAAGUUGCUGGAAAGCGAGGAGCCCACAGUGCACGAAAUCGAUAGAACAGUCAAUGCGACCUACGCCUGCUUGGCUACCUCGCCAGAUCCUCCCGAUGCGCCGCCUUCUGUACUGGAUGGACAGAGUGCAGAACGUGCAUACGCAUGGCUUUGCGCAGAGGGGAUCUACCACGGAAGACUGUUGACAUCGUCGCCCGAUCUUGCAACGCUGGGCAAGCAGCUCUUCAAAGAGUCGAAGAUGUUCCAGCACUCUAAGCUUCCUCCGAUACAGUCCACCAGCGGCAGACAUCGAGCCGCGCAGCCCCCCGUCGCUGCAACGAUCUUGACACAGUUCCACAUCUUGGCUUUGGUGGAUGGCCGGAUAACAGGCAUCAACCGCCUAGACGAGACUGUGGUGUACAACCAGCAGAUCCUCGAAAGUGGCCAGCCAAACCUUGGUCUCUUCGCCGACCAUCAGAAGAACACAUACUGGCUUUUCACACCACAGGAGAUCUUCGAGAUCGUAGUGACAGACGAAGCAAGACAUGUAUGGAAGAUCAUGCUUCAGCAAGGCCAAUACGAAGCCGCGCAGCAGUACGCCAAGACCGCAGAGCAGAAGGACGCUGUCGCAUCGAUGACUGGCGAUCACCUCAUAUCGCAAGGCAAGUUCACCGAAGCUGCUAUCAUACUUGGCAAGAGCACAAAGCCUUUCGAAGAUGUCGCGCUCAGCUUCAUCGACAAGGGUGAGCAUGACGCCCUGAGAAGAUAUCUUCAAGUCAAGCUGUCGACGUUGAAGCGGAGCGCAACAAUGCAGCGAAUCAUGCUGGCUAGCUGGAUGAUCGAGUUGUACAUGGCGAAGCUCAAUCAGCUCGACGAUACCAUCUCGACCAGAGCUGAACUUGCAGCGGACGGCACAGCCACAUCGGCAGACACACAGAAACAGCUUCCUGUCAUUCGCAAGGAGUUCCAGGACUUCGCCUCGAAAUACAAAUCGGACCUCGACAGGAAGACCACCUAUGAGAUUAUCAGUGCGCAUGGUCGAGAAGAAGAGCUACUAUACUUCGCCAACCUUGUGGAGGACUACAACUAUGUGCUGUCGUAUUGGGUCAACCGCGAGAGGUGGCAGGAAGCCAUGACUGUGCUCAAGAAACAGUCAGACCCAGAAAUGUUCUGCCGAUACAGCACAGUAAUGAUGGCACAUCUAGCAUCUGAGCUUGUCGACGUGCUCAUGCGCCAGACUGGUCUGGACGUCAAGAAGAUCAUCCCAGCACUGUUGAACUACAACAAGAUCCUAGGCGAUGGAACGUCGAUCAACAAUAAUCAGGCGAUACGGUAUCUGCUGUUCUGUAUCAACCACUCGCAUUCCACCGAACCUGCUGUACACAACACGCUGAUCUCCAUGUACGCCGCGCACUCGACAAAAGACGAAAGCGCUCUUCUGAGCUAUUUGCAGACGCAAGCAGACAAUCGGCAUCAAUUCUACGAUGCCGACUUCGCUCUUCGCCUUUGCAUCGGGCACAGGCGUGUUCAGUCCGCUGUCCACGUGUACACUACAAUGGAACAGCACGCUGCCGCAGUCGAUCUUGCAUUGAAGUACGAUGAAGUAGAGCUUGCGGCAGAAGUGGCUGAUCGCCCCGGUAUCCAAGAUCCGUUGCGCAAGAAACUCUGGCUCAAGGUUGCAAAGAAGGUCAUUGGCCAAAACAAGGGCAUCAAAGCUGCCAUCGAGUUUCUGAAACGCUGCGACCUGCUGAGGAUUGAGGAUCUGAUACCUUUCUUCCCUGACUUCAUCGUCAUCGACGACUUCAAGGAGGAGAUCUGUGCCGCACUUGAGGAGUACAGCCGGCAGAUCGAUGCGCUAAAGCGCGAGAUGGACGAGUCAGCAUCGACAGCACAGCACAUCAAAGACGACAUCAAGUCUCUCGACCAACGAUAUGCCAUCGUCGAGCCCGGCGAGAGAUGUUGGAAGUGCAGACUCCCACUGCUUAUGAGGCAGUUCUUCGUCUUUCCAUGUCAGCACGCCUUUCAUGCAGAUUGUCUGGGCGAAAUGGUCAUGAACAUGGCCGGCAUGGGCAAAGGCAAGCGAAUUAGAGAGCUGCAGAAAGAGAUUGGCCGUGGCGUCGCUCUCGGUAAGAGGAGGGAAGGCAUGGUGAAGGAGCUCGACGGUCUUGUUGCUGGUGCUUGUGUGCUGUGCAGCGAGAUGGCUGUGAAGCAGAUCGAUGAGCCCUUCAUUACUGCUGCCGACAAUAAACAGGAGUGGGCGGUAUGA